AUGUCUCAACGCUUCGGUAGCCCAUCACCAUACAGCAAGGCUGAGGGAGAGCGAAGGAAGCGAAGACGAUAUCUUUCUCGUUCCGACGAGGAGAUCCGCGAGGAGAUGGACCCCGGCUACGUUCGACAUCGCAGUGGCUGGCCGACUCUCGCACCUCUGCCACUAGACACCGUGAUCGAAGGCGUAAGGGAGAUGAUACCAGACGAACCGCAGAGACUGCAAGAUGUCCAGAAUAUUCUCGGAUCACAAGGCUUGCUGACCAGUGGUACCUCGUUCUUAUUUGCAUUUCGCGUUCCUCGCGAUGCUACCGAGGAGAACGACGAUGCAGAGUAUCUCACGCUCCUGAUAACCGUUGACAUGCUCAAGCACGCCCACAAAGUCGAGAACGCGCUCAUCAGAAUCAGAUCCAGCUUCCGCGAUAGGACAUCGACGGACAAUGUCCAAAUCGAGUGCGUCGAUUUUCGCGCCAAGCACUCCAUGUGGUCUUUCGCCAUCUUCCAUGACGACGACAAGGUACGAGAACAAUGGGCAAACGCAUGUCCAAGUGUCUUGUCCUUGUUGGACAACCAUGAGUGGCUUUCAGUGGAAGUUCUGCGUCGCGGAUUGAUCGACGAUCGCCAGAAGUGUUCACCGACCAUCGUCAUCACCACACCGACAGCGCGAGAUUCCAAAUGGUUCGAAAACGUGGUACCUUCUAUCAAAGCCGAGAUUGCCGACGCAGCUCCAGACUUUGACAUCGAGAUACUCUGUGGGGUGACGAUGCUGGGGGGAAGGAGGCGUCAUCGCGCGACCGAAGUCGUCGAUGGCUCGUCCUUCGUCAAAAAUAUCGGCAUGGGAUCAUCCGUCGGGAUCGCGAACGAUGAGAAAUGUUGCAGUACUUUAGGUGGAUCCGUGACCCUGUCCGGCGGUAUCAGAUGCGGAAUUACCAACUGGCACUGCGUCCGAGAUGAACGACUUGACAACGUCAUCUCUAAAACGACCAACAAGGCUCUAGGUGUCGACAACAAGACCCUGGCCAACAUGCCUCAAGCCAUAGUAUCGCCAGCGACAUUCGACCAUCACGGCUACCUCGGAGUGCUCCAAGAUGAGAUCAAGCUUCAUGGUACUUACGCUGCUGCUGGAGAUGUGGAAUCCAAGAUGGAGCACAAAGAGAAGGAUGAAGAGUACAAGAUGAUUGAGAAGUUCGACCGGCGUAUUGGCAACGUCUACGCAGGCUCAGGCCGCCGAACUGUCAAGGCCAACAAGUACGCCUCAGAUCCAAACACCGGCCGAUCUAAAGACAAGAUGAAGGCGCUGCAGGCCACGUUCCUCUUCCCCCUCGACUGGGCGUUGGUCCGUAUGGGCAAUACGACAAAACGCGACGUUAUCAACAGUCUGCCUAAUGUUAGAUCUACCAAGACGAAACUUCUCGCAAAGCAGCAGUGCAGGCAAUGGUCAACGUUCAAUGUCAACAAAGAGACAGUCCAUGUUGCCAAAUACGGGCGCACGAGUGGCUGGACGGUCGGCACCAUCAAUUCUUGCCUGCUUAUCAUCAACCCCGAUAAGGACGAGGAGAUCUCAGACGUCUACGGAUUCGAUGCGAAGAACGCGGGAUCAUGUUUUGGGGUGACCAGCAAGGACGGGCAAAGUGCUUUCAUCGAGCUCGGUGAUUCUGGCAGUAUUCUAUUACACGACGAAUCGGGAACACAGCUCGGACUGCUUUUCGGAGUGACUGGUACUGGGCAGGGAAUAUUCCUUCCUAUGGACAUCGUUAUUCAAGACAUCAAGAGGAUCACCGGUAAGGAUGUCAUCGCGCCAUCAUACGUCACUCCACCGGCCGUAGGACUAGCUCCAUACCAGUUGACGGAGGAAAUUUGAAUAAGACUCGGAGACAUCGGAGAUGAACGAUAUGUUCAUGCAGUGAGAAGCAGGAGGAAACUGGGCAGUAGCAAGGGUUUUGUGUGGACUGCAUAUUAGAGUUGUGACUUCUCUCAUUGGUGUGGAAAUUGCGGGAAGAUACCUUUGCUAGCUUCUCAGAUGAACAAUGCCCUGCCUCAAGUAUACUCUCCAGCCUCCUCGUGCGUC